UAGGCUAGAUGGUAGUUUGCCUGGGGACCCCUCCAUCCCGCGCCCUCCAUCCGCCCUCCAUCCGCCCCUCCAUCAUAUUAUUCCUGCCUUUCUUCUCCCUCCACAAUCCACAUCUAUUUCUUCCCGUGUCACUUCCCAACCAUGUCGCACUCCCACUCCCACGAUAACGACGUGAGCCAUUCUCACGAUGACUUCGGCGGUCACGGCCACUCCCACGAGAUUCUUGAAGGCCCCGGUUCCUACCUGAACCGCGAGAUGCCUUUGUCCGAGGACCGCGACUGGAAGGACCGUGCCUUCACCAUUGGCAUUGGAGGACCCGUCGGCUCCGGCAAAACCGCUCUCAUGCUUGCCCUCUGCCAAACUCUCCGCGACGAAUACAACAUUGCCGCCGUCACCAACGACAUCUUCACCAGAGAAGACGCCGAAUUCCUCACCCGGCACAAAGCCCUCCCUCCGUCGCGCAUCCGCGCCAUCGAAACCGGCGGCUGCCCUCACGCCGCCGUCCGCGAAGACAUCAGUGCCAACCUUCUCGCUCUCCAAUCCCUCCACAAACAAUUCCAGACUGAUAUCCUACUCAUUGAAUCUGGCGGCGAUAACCUCGCUGCGAACUAUAGUCGUGAAUUGGCCGAUUUCAUCAUCUAUGUGAUUGAUGUUGCGGGUGGAGAUAAGGUGCCCCGGAAGGGUGGACCCGGUAUUACGGGGUCGGAUCUGUUGGUUGUGAAUAAGAUUGAUCUGGCGGAGAUUGUGGGGGCUGAUUUGUCGGUUAUGGAGAGGGAUGCGGCGAAGAUGAGAGAGGGUGGACCGACGGUUUUUGCUGAGGUGAAGAAUGGGAAGAGGGUGAAGGAUAUUGUUAAUUUGAUUUUGAGUGCGUGGAAGGCGAGUGGUGCCUAUGAUGUUAGUUUGGCGAGGUGGAAGAAUGGUGGGCAGAGGGGGUCGGGGAGUGUGGAGGAGGCUUGAUUGUAGUAGAUAGGGUUAUGGAUCCUACUGAUUGUUGGAGUCUACGUAUAAAUCAGACUCAAUGUACAAAAUGUGCUGGUUCAGGC